AUGGCGCAGACUUUCCUCGUCCGUGUUCAUUUCUACCUCGUCGUCUUUGGCGGCCUGUAUCUUCUUCUUGUCCUCCUCUUGGCCGUUCCUUUCUUGCAAAGCCAUGUCAUAUACCUGAAUUCGAUAAGACUUCCCCUGUUUGCCAACUUCAAUACCCCAGAGAAAUAUGGCUUAGCCCCCAACAAAACCCUCAACCUAAAGAUUCGAACGUCGGAUAACGAGACAAUUGGAGCAUGGUUCAUUCUUUCUGAUUCCUACUACCGUUCUCUCCCCGCCGUUCCAUUUGAUGUUGCUGUUCAUGUCACCAAAGCACUGAAGAAACGGCCCACCAUUCUCUUCUUUCACGGGAACGCCGCGACUCGCGCUUUUCAUGCACGUAUCCUCCAUUACCAAGCGUUGUCCUCGCGGUUGGCUGCAAACGUCCUCGCUAUCGACUAUCGCGGGUUUGCAGACAGCACGGGAAGUCCAUCUGAAGAGGGACUCACUCGCGACGCCAGGGCUGCCUGGGACUGGCUGGUUCACAACGGAGCAGAGCCAGAGGAUAUUUUAAUUGUUGGACAUAGCCUUGGAACAGGAGUCUCCAUGCAGUUGGGCGUUGAAUUAUCUUUGCAUAAGAUUCAAUGUCGGGGAAUCGUGCUCUUAUCUCCUUUCUCGAGUAUCCGAGAGGUGUUGAACACUUACCAUAUGUUUGGAUUUAUACCUCUGAUUAAACCACUUGCCAUUAUUCCCGGUGCUAUCCGUUUCGUCGAAGGCGCACUGAUACACAAGUUUGAUUCACUUCAAGCGGUUCCGAACAUCACAUCUUCUGUCCUUAUCGGCCACGCAGAAAACGAUUGGGAUAUCCCCGACUCACACUCGGAUGUUUUAUUUGAAGCCUUCCUCGACAUACAUCUGCCGCCUGUCUCCCCUCCAGAUCAUGCAACGGUUAUGACGACAGACCAGUGGAAUACUUUUACAACUCAGCAGGCGGCUCGACAGAACAAGCGAAAUGAGCUUGUGACCACCACAGUCAUGGCGAACUUUGGACGUGUGGAUGCAUUCGAGGCGGAUGGAAGAAAAAUUGUGCUCGUAAAGACGCUUUUUGGGGGACAUGACUACCUAGGAGUGCAAGAAGGCAUCCAGGAUGUCAUUGGGAGAACUUUUGGACUGUAA